AUGGCGCCAUCUUCAAGUGAUACUCAGUGCCUUUCGCUAAGUAAUAUCGAACUUGUAGAUCUUUUUCAGCGAAGCCGCUCAUCGCCUCAAUCUUUGUUGUCUCACAAGUACCCUAAUGAGACCCUGAUUUAUCAUGGCUACAUUGGGUGUGCGCCAAUGUAUCCCACGGUUGCAAUAUCCUUACGCACUCUUGCUGCCUACCGCCAAAUUCAUCGAACGUGUCCUCGUUUCAGCAUCCAAGCUCAAUGCAAAGCUCUGUGUUUUCUUCAUGACAUUCCUUAUCGGCCAUACUUGUGCAUGCAAUUUUCGGCUGCAUAUGACAUAUACCUCGAAAUCGCUCACAUUGUCGAUAAGCGUCUCCGGGCAGCCCUGAAUCACGACACGCCUAACUGGCGUUUACUCAAUUCCUGUCCAGCAUGUUUCUAUAAGCUCCAGGAUGAGCCCACACUUGAGUUUGACUGGCUCGUCUCAAUAGAUGGCAACAAUAGCUUGAAACGCUGGGAUUCCGCUAUAUAUGGUACAACUGCACGCAUGGAUUCUCGCAAGGCACGUUCCGACUACUGGAUUGGACCCACGGCUGUAGACCAAUUCAAGGGUGAAGUUAAAGCUCAGGGAGACUCAAGUCUAGAUGAUUGGGGAGAUGAACCCAUCAAGACUAACCCGGGCUCACUCACUUGCGUUAGUCGCUGGCGAAAUGCCGGACCCGAAACACGCAAGAAGAUGUUUUCAGUCUUCCACGAAUCAGGCAUUUUUAUUGCUGCCUGCCGUCAUCGUUUCGUACUCCUGGCCUGCGACAUGAUCCAAAGCGGAGAACUAGCUAAAUAUCCCCUCGCGCUCAUCGAUAAGCUUCUUACGGUUUACGGGAAGAAUGGAGCUUGCGCUUACGACAUCGGCUGCGCGUUCUCCAAGACCUUAACGAAUAGCUCCUUAGGCCCGCGAGCAUUAGACUUGAAUUUUCGGAUGAUGGUUGGCGCGUUUCACGGCCAUGCACACAACCGCAAAUGCCAGUUGGUCUGGCAUCCAACAUAUAUUUUGGGCACUGGACACAGUGAGGGUGAAGGGUGCGAGCACAUAUUUUCCGCCUCAAAUGAGCUCGCUCGUAGCACUAGACAUGCAAGCCCGUUCCACCGGCACCAAACUAUCGAAGAACACUUUGCUUUUUGGGACGCUGACAAGUAUGCUGUGCUUUGUGCGUAA